CAAAGUGUUGAGAUUGAUUACAGGCGUGAACCACUGUGAGCUGAUGUUGCUCAGCCUUUUUAAAGCCUGGAAUGUCUUUUUAAAGGCAUUCUUGCACUAAAAGAUGUAAUUUGGUUGUCGACUCAGAGUUAUUCUUUGGUCCAGGCAGCUUUCUAUAGGAAGAGGCAUGCCAUCAGUUCCAGUGUACAUAGGAAAAACUAGGACAAAUAUAACCAGUAAUCUAACCAGUCCCAGCUAGGGUUACCAUCUUCUGUCUGACAGGCAUGGCUGGGUAAACUGUGUACUGUGUGUCAGUUGCACAGUCUCCUCUCACUUGCAGCUUGUUUUUGCUGCUUUAAUAGGGUGGAAGAGAGCUCCUGCCACUUCUGCCUCUAUAGUAGUAAAUCAGAUGAGCGAGUUUCUGGCAAAAAUAGAAAAAGCAGUAAGUUGCUGUUACAGUUCUAGAUUUUGGAUGAUGACGUCUGGACAUGGACAGAAGAGACAGUUUUCACCUUCCUGGGUCAGAUGCAGACAGAUGUCAGCCAUUGUUACACAGAUUAGAACUUUUAGGCCUAUGCUAUGGUGCCUUUCUUUCUUUUUCUUUUCUUUUUUUUUAACGUUAACUGUGUGUUUAGGAGUUCAUUCGUUUUACUUCUUUGCAGGCUGAACAUAACUUCUUUUUUUCAAAGUUCCCUGUGUUGUGAACUGAGCUUGGGUGAAGUGAAAUCUUUGAGGUAAGGCAACUCUAAUGAUAAAAAUGGAAAGAAAGCCUGUGAAAUUUGGGAGCCUUCAGAGAUAACAUUUUAGAGUCACUGCCUAAAUAUUGAAAUGCCACCAUUUGUUGUUUGGGGGGAUGUGGAGCUAAAUUGAGAACGGGAGCACACAUCUGCCUUGACUGCUAAGUAUAUCCAUCUCUACUGCUCACCCAUAAUAGAAUUUUUAUGUGUGCACUCACUAGUCUUGGUUUUAGCAACAGUUUAAAGGAGGAAAAUGACAAUGAAGAGACUUCAUAUCUUGGUUUUUCCCUUACAUGUUUGAGUGUUGUCCCUGAUAGGCCCUAGUUCUUUUUCAUUAUUAUCACUAUAGUGGCUUUUGUUCUUUGUUUCUUUAGAAAGGACAACAGAGAACUGAAAAUACAUUAUUUCCUAGUAUGCUAGUAAGAGGCAGAAUAUUACUAUUCCAUUUUUAUUUUCUGGCAAAUUAAGCUUCAGAGUUAGUAAAGAAAAUUUCUGUGUGCCAUCUAAUGAGUGUUGCUGAACAAAGGAUUUUUGAAGUCUUUCACCUAGAUGAGGAGCACACCUUACUCUAACCAUUAAAUAGCACAUCAUCGAGAAAGCAAGGUCAGUUGAGAAAUUGAUGCUUUUUUGAAAAUAUCAAGAAAAAAAAAAGUAAGGUUGAUCCACUGUAGGCAGUUGUAUGUGAGUGGUAAGUUUCUGGUGGCCAGUUUAUUCAACCAGCUUGUCUCUGGCCUGCUUCUGAUGGUCUUAUCAUUCCUCUUUAUGUGACUGUUCUGAGGUUAGUUUGGACCUAAGUACUGUGCUCAUUGCUGUCUGUGGCACAUGGAAACGUAAGUUUAAAAGCAAGGCUAACAACCCACUUCUUCGGUGAGCCUUUUCUCGCUUCAGUUAGUUUCAGGCUUUGGGGGACCUUAAAAACUGGUUUGCAGGGAGGAGUUUGGAGGAUGUGAAACAAGUUUGUGUUUCUUCUGCUCUGUUAGCCACUGCUAUCUUCAUGGAUCUGACAUUCUAUUUAUCUGACAGUGCACUUAGUACUGCUUCGCCAGGGAAAAUCGCACAAAACAAGCCUGGCGCAUCAGCACUUUCAUUGUGUGCUGGGCUGAGCCUCCCUUCACAUGGUCACAUCCCCAUUUUAAUCCAAUACUCCCUUUCCCUACCCCUUCCCCAGUCCUGCCUCUUUCUGUGGCACUUAUUGCUGGUUUCCCUGAGCUCCUGUUUCCACUUUGUGUUUUUUGUGGGGCCCAGGAAGCUAAAGCUGUGUGUAUUUGUGGAUCAGACAAGUGCAGCAAGUUAAUAUCAUUGGCUUCUGAAGGGGAGAGUGAGGUGAUGGCUGCGUUUAAGUUGGAUUUCCUUCCAGAAAUGAUGGUGGAUCAUUGCUCUUUGAAUUCCAGUCCCGUCUCAAAGAAAAUGAACGGCACCCUGGACCACCCAGACCAACCAGAUCUUGAUGCUAUCAAGAUGUUUGUGGGCCAGGUUCCAAGGACCUGGUCUGAGAAGGACUUGCGGGAACUCUUCGAACAGUAUGGUGCUGUAUAUGAAAUCAACGUCCUAAGGGAUAGGAGCCAAAACCCUCCUCAGAGCAAAGGGUGCUGUUUUGUUACAUUUUACACCCGUAAAGCUGCAUUAGAAGCUCAGAAUGCUCUUCACAACAUGAAAGUCCUUCCAGGGAUGCAUCACCCUAUACAGAUGAAACCUGCUGACAGUGAGAAGAACAAUGCAGUGGAAGACAGGAAGCUGUUUAUUGGUAUGAUUUCCAAGAAGUGCACUGAAAAUGACAUCCGAGUCAUGUUCUCUUCAUUUGGACAGAUUGAAGAAUGCCGGAUAUUGCGGGGACCUGAUGGCCUGAGCCGAGGUUGUGCAUUUGUGACUUUUACAACAAGAGCCAUGGCACAGACGGCUAUCAAGGCAAUGCACCAAGCACAGACCAUGGAGGGUUGCUCGUCACCCAUGGUGGUAAAAUUUGCUGAUACACAGAAGGACAAAGAACAGAAGAGAAUGGCCCAGCAGCUCCAGCAGCAGAUGCAGCAAAUCAGUGCAGCAUCUGUGUGGGGAAAUCUUGCUGGUCUAAAUACUCUUGGACCCCAGUAUUUAGCACUUUAUUUGCAGCUCCUUCAGCAGACUGCCUCCUCUGGGAACCUCAACACCCUGAGCAGCCUCCACCCAAUGGGAGGGUUGAAUGCAAUGCAGUUACAGAAUUUGGCUGCACUAGCUGCUGCAGCUAGUGCAGCUCAGAACACACCAAGUGGUACCAAUGCUCUCACUACAUCCAGCAGUCCCCUCAGCGUGCUCACUAGUUCAGGGUCCUCACCUAGCUCUAGCAGCAGUAAUUCUGUCAACCCCAUAGCCUCACUUGGAGCCUUGCAGACAUUAGCUGGAGCAACGGCUGGCCUCAAUGUUGGCUCUUUGGCAGGAAUGGCUGCUUUAAAUGGUGGCCUGGGCAGCAGUGGCCUUUCCAAUGGCACCGGGAGCACCAUGGAGGCCCUCACUCAGGCCUACUCGGGUAUCCAGCAAUAUGCUGCUGCUGCACUCCCCACUCUGUACAACCAGAAUCUUCUGACACAGCAGAGUAUUGGUGCUGCUGGAAGCCAGAAGGAAGGUCCAGAGGGAGCCAACCUGUUCAUCUACCACCUGCCCCAGGAGUUUGGCGAUCAGGACCUGUUACAGAUGUUUAUGCCCUUUGGGAAUGUCGUGUCUGCCAAGGUUUUCAUAGACAAGCAGACAAACCUGAGCAAGUGUUUUGGUUUUGUAAGUUACGACAAUCCUGUCUCGGCCCAAGCUGCCAUCCAGUCCAUGAACGGCUUUCAGAUUGGCAUGAAGCGGCUUAAAGUGCAGCUCAAACGUUCGAAGAAUGACAGCAAGCCCUACUGAGCGUGCUCCCCUCUGAGACUGGAGUGAGAGGGUCUUCUGGUAAGUGGGGGAGGAGCACCCUUAAUGAUUCGAAGCCCUGAGGCUGUGUGUUGACAGCCCUGGACCCUGAUCCCUGCCACUCUCGCAGGCACAGCUUGCCCUGAAGACUCGGCUACUGCCUUCUGUGGGAGUUUCGCUUCGUACAGAGGACAAGUUUGUGCUUUGGUUUCCAGUGUUUUACUUUGGAGUUUAGGUGCCAUAUCCUGAGUUGUUUUUUUUUUUUUUUCCUUUAUUUAAAGUUUGCUGUGUUUGUAACCAGUGUGUGUUGAGAAGGACCAACACCAAACCACCCUGGGGAAGGGGGACAGGGAAACAUUUAACACAGACAAUGAUCGGGAUUUGCCCCAAACCACCCCAAAAGAGAGGACUGAGUAGAACAAAAAAGUGACCCCCAGAACCUCCCUUAGUGUGAGGGUGGGUAGAAUGAGAACUGACACUUGGGAGCUGUGGGGAGCAGAGCGACUUUGGGGGAGAGUGGAGUGACACCUAAUGCCCUGGCAGCUGGAGACUCAAACUUCUGCACAGCUGCCUUCUGGGAAAUAGUUUUUGACACAUAUUUUUCAGAUUCUUGUCCGGAAUUUCUGCCGCUCUUUUCAAGAAAGAGUGUUAACAAUUCUCUGGAAAUAGAGCACCUGUUAGCCUGACAUAUGCAAAAAGCAGGGCGGCAUCACCCAUUACCAGCUCCCCCAGCCAGCGGUCAGUAUUGGAUUGGCCCUGCCUGGCUGGUGGCAGUUUGGGAGAAGCAGCCAAAGAGGUUAGUUUAUUUCAACACCAAAUUAGACCAUGGCCCAUUUCCAACAGGUCUCUUUAAAGAAGGCCUCUAUGGAAUACAUUGCCUGGUUUCCUUCCUUGCAGUUCACCACAGCAAGAAACGUCACCUCCAUCCCAAGUCACAAUUUUCUCAUGAAGGCAAAUCCAAGAAGGGCUUGCAGUUCUUGCUGAAGGGGUACCACUUGUGGGCAGAGUGAUCAAUGCCAUCUAGUCGAGGGAGGAGGAGCUUGUUUCUUGGUGUACUUGAAUCAGAAGGUCCCUGCAAGCCAGUAUGCUUCAUUUGCCAGUGGCCAGAAAUCCUCCCUUGCCUCCUUGAUUGAGGUGUCCCAGAUGUAGUAUUCCCACAGGGGUCUGGCAGACCCCUCCUGUAACCACUCCAGUCACAUUUUCUGCUUUUGAGGCAGAGGUGACAUUAGGACGUUUACAGCCUCCACAUGAAUUGAGUGUUCAUUUACCUCAGUAUUACCGUGUUCAUUUUUGUCCUCGUGCUACAGUUAGCUCCCUGCUGCCUCCUGCAGGUCUUACUUCAGCUCUUGCCUGUGACCCACACAGCUUCUGGGCUCUGCCUCUGCUCUAAGAAGUGCUGUGGGGGUAGAGAACCAGGAAGGACAUGCUGUUGGGAAUGUACACCUGGGUAGAGGUGGCCCUGUUAAGAUAUGACUAUAGCCACGGCCAGGGACGGGAUCCCUGGGUCUCUGGAAUCUGAAACCUCACAAAUGCCAGUCUUGACCCAUAGCAGCAGAGAUAAGAAUAAAGGGGUUGGUUUGCUAUUAAGUCAGAUGGGGGCUCUCUCCUUGUCACGCUGUCCCUGUGGGUAACAGACAGGGAUUGACCAUCUUACUGUUGUACAGGUAGCUGGUGGUGUUGGAUUAUCCCAUUGAAGCUGGGACAGCUGUUCCUUUCUCAUAGUGAUAACUUGGGUCUGUUGUCCUCUAAGGAACGUGAAACAUACACUUCUUAAGCUGAACCACGUAAACUUGAAAUUCUGCGCACUGGGAGAAAUGUGUCCUGUGUUUCAAAGGAUAAAACUGUUCUAAAGGCUUCCAGGGUCAUGAUGGGAUUUUUUUAAUAAAUGCAAAAAAUAAAAAUAAAAAAGAAAAAAGAAAACAAAAAAAAGAAAAAAAUGCUAGGUUGGGGAGGCGCUGUUCUGAAUCCCAACCGGCUGGAACCAAGAAUGUCGUUUCUAUUUUUAUAGAAGUUUUAUACAGCUCCGGGGUGGAGAAUAUUUAUUACCUAAAUUAUAUCUCUGGAAAAGGCCAGGAUUUUGUAGAAUCCAGAAUGUGAUUGUUAUACACACAGGGUGCUGUGUAUGAUUGAAACUACUGACUUUCUGUGGCCCGUUUGCAGCCCAGCUAACCUGCCCAAGGGGAAGGUGUUAAUGCUGUGAAUUGGCAGAGGAGAGAGCUGUGCUCCACAGGGUGCUGCCGGUGCUGUGCUCCCUAGCCUUCUGUUCUGUCUUCCUCCUUAGCCAAAACGUCACUCCCUUCCCACAUCCCCCUCUUCUCUCUGCCUUCCCCCAUCUCACCAUUAUUUGUCCAUGGAUUUGUCUUGGGCUCUGGGACCUUAUGAAACCCCUUUCCUAAUGACAUAAGAGGCCAAGGUGCAAUCCACCCACCUUUGAUACCAGACCCUGAGGGCUUCAUACCUGCUGAUGGGUUCUCUUAAAAGGAAUGCUUGCCCCAGCAGGGUCCUGGGCUGCUUGAGCAGCCAGCUGGUGAGACCAUGCAUUUCUCUGUUCUCUCCUCCCCCUGCCGAGUGAGUUAGCACAGCAGUAGCACUGCCCUUGAGCACAGUUCUUUCCCCAGGCCAAAGAUGGUUUUGUGAAGAAGCUGCUCCCCUACAAGUCUCAUGUGUGAAAGGGCUCAGCUCAGAGUGGAGACUCGCUGUCAAGUCUUAAGCAAUCCUUUUCUGUUGUGUGAAGGUUUCACUUACAAAGUGUUUUUUGUUGUAGUUUUGUUUCUUACUCGGGUUACAUCAUGAAAUUGAUUUGCCUUGAAUGCAGCCAGACCACUGUCUCCCGGGUUCCACUUGAGUGGCCAGGGCCUGGGUGGAAGCUAAGAGCUUGGAUUUCUGGGAACAAAGGGCCAUCCCCAUAAGAUAAGAGCAGAAAUUCUGGUCCUCUUCCCUGAAAAAUUUUCCCCACCCCAGCCAGCAUCUUCUGCUUCCCCUUGGGUUGUGACCAGAGAGUGGGGAGAGAGGCUGAGGCUCUGCUCCCCUGGAGACCUUCUCUUAGGAGUUGGGCGCUUCAUGGAAAAUCCAAGCCUUAGGUUCCCUUCUGUCUCUGGCAAUUAGAUGUGUUCUUGGUGUCCUCCAUGUCCUUUUUGACUUUUCCCUGUGUCCAUUGUUAGCAUGUGCAAAAGUUCCCUGUCAUUACCCAAUCCCUGCCCGCCCACCUCAUUUCAGGGCUGUACACACAGUGAGUGUCCUGUUCUCUCUCUCUUUGUUUGGAUGUAUUGCUCUGUGUAACUCAGUGGGUCUCCCUCUUUCUGGUUUGUUUUUUUUUCUAGAUUCCUGCCGUUUGUUCAUCGUUGUGCCUAAAGCAUGUCGAUGUGGCGUCAAGUACAUCGUCCAAAUCCCUGUCUCUUCAGCUUCUCUGAUGCUUGAACUCUCACCUUUGACCUUGUGUUGACCUUUGAUGCUGACGUGUAUUUUUAUUAUGUUUGUUUCUUUCUUCGUUUUUUUUUUCCUUUUCCUUUUUUCCUUCCCUUUUUUUUUUUCCCUUUUGUGCUGCCAAAUUGGUUUUGCUAGAACGACUGCUGAAGGGGAAAUAUUUAAACUUGCAUUUGAAUAUAAAAAAAAUCUAUUUUUCUAGAACUUCAUAAGAUAACCACUUGAUUUUGUGAUUCCAAUUCUUUGUAAUUGUCUUCAGAGCAGCCCUACUAGCACAUACCGCGUGGUGUUUGUAUUUCUGUGAACACACAGCCAGUCCGUUUCUAGGCUUUGUUUCUCUGUGUGCUUAGUUUUAAAGACAACUUUGAAGUAAACAAUGAAAUAAAAGAUGUCACUAAAACCUUUGAGGCUCCUGAGCACAUUUUGCUGAUACAGUCUGUGGGGCUUGAGGAGACCGCAUGUAUUGUUCUUUCUUUUGUUUUUCUUCUGAGUUCUCAACUGCAGAGAGCACCUGAACCCCCUUUCCUUUUUGACCGCAGGCUGCAGUUUGGGCCCCAGCCAGCCCUUUUUCUUUUUCUUUUUCUUUUGUGGUUCUUCCCUGGAGCGACUCUGUGGGGAGUCCUGGAUCCCGCCUGCCCCUUCCCCUCAGCCCCAUGCUUGUUCCUAAAGUCUCCACAGCAAAAUGUGAUGCUUUGAUUUUUUGUUGUUGUUUUUGUUUUUGUAUUGUUUUUGUGUUUUUGUUUUGAAUUUUUUCCUUUCCUACUAAGAUUAUGCCCAGAAAAAAGUUUUGCAUGUUUCCUGCUGUUUCUUCACACCUUCGUAUAUAUCACCUUCACCUCUCUGUUUUCUAUAGUUUGUGCAAAAACUGAUUUAAAAGGGUUUCAAAGAAGCUGUUUUAAAUUGUUGUAGGGUUGAUUAUUUUUUUCAAGAUUGUAUUGUUUUAUUUUGAAGUGGCAACUUUCUCCUCUAUUGCCCUUAGAGCGUUUGCCUGUGCACUUAGACUGUCACUUCGUGUGGCCUCCAGGUCUCAGCAGGGCGUCCAGGAGGCUGGCUGCUCUGCUCAGAGAGGGUGGGAAGGGGGCCUGGAGAGACACAAGAAGCAGAGGUAGAGCCUAGAAGGUGGCAGCAGGUGGGCAAGAGGCUUACUUAGCGCAUUAGGGGCAGUGAGCACCUGGAGGAAGGAGGGCGCUCCCAACCACCCCAUAGUAGGAGGCCAUCUGCGCACCAAGCGGCAAUUCACCUGCUGGCGCUUUUCCUAGGUGACAAGCACAAUACUACAGUCUUCACACUGUUUACAGCCCUGGGCACCAGCCACCCCGCACUGGCUCUUCACCACAGCUCUGCUCUUGCUUAGCUGGUGGGGUGGGGGGAAAGGGCAGGGAUUUGUUUUUUAAAUUGGGUGAAGAGCCAAACAGCUACUGUCCCUGGGUGCCGAGCAAGCCAGUUUUUUUGGUUCCCUGAGGGAAACUGACCCUCUUCUCUUGUGGCACCAUCCAGCCUCAGGGUCUUGGAGACUUGAGUAAGAAUGUGAGUGGAGGGGGAGAGGCGAGGAGAGGAGAGGUCACAGGGUGGAUCUGUGGAGGGAAGAGGUUGCAGGGGGAGGAGCUGAUGAUAGAUCCCACCUAGACCUAAGCUGCUGGUGGGUGGGCGAGCUGGGAAGUAGGACUGUCCAGGGAAGGGUGGAGAGAUGUAGCUAGCGGCUGGGGAUGGGGAGGUGGAAGCGCUGCUGAGCAUCCUCCACACCAACGUUGAUGAAGGAAGGGAUCCCAGCAGGGUUUCUGCUCUGGGGCUGGCGGGUUGCCCGGUAUUAUGCCCAAGGCCACUCUGCCUGGGGGAAAGGGCAGCCAGGCAGAGGCCCAGUGUCUGGUAGGCUGCUGAAUUUCCUGGAAGGGGUGAUUGGAUGGAAAGAGGCCAGAAACCCCAGCCUGAGAGACUGCUGUGCGCCCCACAGUCUGACUGCACAGAGCCGCCUCUGUUGGCAGGAGGCACUGAGGCUCCCCUUCCUGUGUAUUGAGAAGCCGUGUUUGCCAAUAUAUUUUGCUUUCAAUUCCAAGAGGAGCUCUGGGAAAACCUGUGGAUAAAACCAAAUGCCAAAUGUUGGACGUUGUUUCCUUUUCCUUUUCUCUCUCUGAUUGUUUUAAUUGUUCUGUGGUGGUUUUAAUGGAUUUGAGACCCUGGAGCGGCAGCUGCCUUUCUGAUUUCCAGCUGCUUUUUGUGAAUAAUUUAAAAAGAAAAAAAAAAAAGAAACUUUACAUUUUGGAGACAAACCUGUGUGAGUUUUUUAUUGGUACAAACGUUGUAUUUAACACUAGGGGUUUUGUACAGUUUUUUGCCUUUUCUACUAGAAAACAAUGUAAAGUGAUUUCACAAUGUGAAGAGAAAAAAAAAUUGCCACUAUGACCAAACGCACAGUCUGUUCUGCAGCAACAACGGGAUUCAAUCAACUCAGUCGUGAUUCAGCCGUAGAAAUGCUUUUCCUUUAUCUUGUUUGAGCUUUUCUUUUCUUUCCUGUUUUGAUUUGCAAAAGAAAAUGUCUUUUUUGUGUGAACUUGUGUUGUACUCUGUAGAAAAUUAUGGAUUUUACUUUAAUGGUUUAAAAAAAGGCAAGAAGAGCUCUCGUUGCUUUUCUUACCUAAUCACAGAGUUUGUGUAGUGAAUUUAAAAAGAAAAAAAAAAAUUGUUACAAGUUUGGGUCAAGGGAGUAUGUGUUUCAAAGGAAUCUCCUUCCUUUUUUUUGUGUGUUUUUCCUUUUGUCCCAAUGGGGAACCUAAAUCUGUUUUAAUUGCACAGACACACGGACAAAAAGUCAUUUUGUAUCUGCCAAGUGUGGUACCUUCCUUUGUUUAUUUGCUAUUAAACUGUUUGAGAAGAA